CAGAACCCAAUCCGGAACGUUUAGUUAGACGUCCCAGCCUCCCAACUUCCGGUUCCGGUGUCUGGGCUCUGUGAGCUGCCUUCGCGAUGGAAGAACCUGAGAUGCAGCUGAAGGGAAAGAAAGUCACAGACAAGUUCACCGAGAGUGUUUAUGUCCUUGCCAACGAGCCAUCAGUGGCGCUGUACCGGCUACAGGAACACGUGCGCCGCUCACUGCCGGAGCUGGUCCAGCACAAGGCUGAUAUGCAGAGAUGGGAAGAGCAGAGCCAGGGCGCCAUAUACACCGUGGAGUAUGCCUGCAGUGCUGUGAAGAGUUUGGUGGACAGCAGCGUGUACUUCCGUAGUGUGGAAGGCCUGCUCAAACAGGCCAUCAGUAUCCGGGACCACAUGAACACCAGCGCCCAGGGCCACAGCCAGGAGACUCUAUCCCCUCCUCCUUCCCUGGCUUGACCCUGACCCUGGAAGACUCAGGGCCAUUGGCUUCCCCACCCAGCUCCCCUGUCUCCCAGUCCUGGCAGAAGACGUUCCUUGGACACCACAUUAAGGACUCAACAAGAACUGAAGACCUAGCAAGGUGGCCAGUGCCUGCUGUCUACUGGUUCAGCCAUAAUUGUCCCCCUUGGUCAUAAAUUAGGGUCACUGUUUCAGUAGCACUCACAUUCUUUGUGCACUGAAUAUGCAGAAGUUGUCUCCUUCCAUGCUGGGGUCACAUAACCUACUUCAUGUCACGGCUGCAGCCCUGUCCCUGCCUUGUGUGACGCAUUGCCAGGUGCUUCCCUUCUCUGCGCGUGAGGUGAACACACAGGAGCUGCUGGAAAAACACCACCGACUUCCAUUCAGGGCCAGGCCUAAGACCCUGGCUUGGCCAAUAGUUUCCAUCUUGUAGACCAUCAUGGGGCAGGGUGUUUGCCUGGCCUACACUGGGUCCUGGUUUGUGUCUCCAGAAUUACACACACACACCACAAACUUCAAA